AAAUAGAAAGAUAGUGGCCGCAAACAUUUAAGUAUGAAAGAGGCAUUACAGAGAAGUAGCGACGUGAUGCAUGGAUGGCRACAUUGCCGCAAACGGGAUGAGGAGAACGRGGAGGAAGAGGUGGAUGAAGAACGAUGUAAGGAGGAGGAGRAGGAAGAAGAACAAGACUAYGGGAAAGAGGAGGAGGAGGAUGGCGACAACGAUCAUGGCGCGACGAUGGAGGAAAAGGAGGAUGGCGACAACGAUCAUGGCGUGACGAUGGACGAGGGGAACGAGGAGGAGGAGAAGGAAAAGGAGGAGGAGAGGAAGAAGAAGAAAAGUGCUAGGGGAGGCGGCGGAGGAGGAGAGGGAGCAGAACGGAACCGCUGCGAUGGAUGCAAAUCGGGACGCCACGAGGGUGCGGAGGAGGAGGACGACGACGACGAAGAGAAGGAGGACGAUGGGAAGGAGGACGAGGAGGAGGAGGAGGAAGAAGAAGAGCAUCAAGAGGAGGAGGAGGUGGAGGGGGAAGAAGAAGAGGAGGAGGAGGASGAAGCGAAGGAGGACGCCGACGAUGGACGAGGAGGAGGAGGAGGAGGCUGUGUAACACUCCGUACGACGUACGAGGGGUUUAUCGUACAGUCGUACGUACGACCGUAUGAAUUGUCGUACGGCUUAUUAGUGCCGGAAAAGAACGGAUCGAUUUGCAUAUCCAUUGAUUAUCGCAAGCUGAAUGACAUCAUGAUUAAGGAUAUGUAUCCCCUUCCCAGGAUUGAUGAUCUGCUUUAUGCAAUUGGGUGUGCUAAUUACGUUGGUAAAUUUGAUAUUCGCGACGGUUUCCACCAUAUCCUGGUUAAGGAGGAAGAUCGGCCGAAAACGGCCUUCGUACUAUUUGAAGGCACGUGGCAGUGGGUUCGGUGUCCGAUGGGGAUUUGCAAUGCACCUGCCACGUUUCAACGCACGAUGAACGUGAUGUUCCAGAACUUCGUCAACAAGACGCGGCUAACUCAGGGAAUAAUUAACUUCUAUGUCAUCGUGUACAUGGACGACAUCCUGGUCUACUCGGAGACCUAUCAUGGGCAUGUAGAACAUAUCGAGUGGACGCUGGGAGCUCUGAGAGAUGCUAGGUUCAAAGUCGCGCUCGAAGAGAGCGAGUUUUUCCUCUCGGAAAUCUCGUUCUUGGGUUACGUGGUAACACGUGGAGGACUGCGGCCAGAUUCGAGGAAGGUUGCAGUGGUGAAAGAUGCUCCUAUUCCCACGUCAUUGACUCAGGUUCGAGCUUUCCUGGGACUAGCAUCGUACUACCGUCGUUUUAUCAAAGGCUUCUCCGCGAUUGCACGACCUCUAACAAACCUACUACGAAAGGACCAGCCCCUCAACUGGGACGCAGAGUGCGAACAGGCCUUCGCCACCCUCAAGGACGCCCUGGCAACGACACCUAUUUUGAUCCGGCCGGCAGUUCAUUCUUAUCACGGACUGGCAGCCAGAGGCGAUCUUCCCUAUUCUAGCGCAGAAGGGGAACGACGGCCGAGAACACGUCAUCGAGUACGCACACGCACGGUGCGAGACGAGCGGAGGAACGAUUCGACCCCACAGGACGAAUGCUACGCAGUGCWCURGGGGAUUYARCACUUCCAUCCGUACUUGUACGAACAWAAGUUCCUCCUUGUAACYGAUCACGAGCCRUUAUUGGYUCUCAAGAAGCUCACUAAUUACACGGGUAUGAUUGGACGGUGGGCRGUAUGCCUACCGGAGUACGACUUCGACAUCAUCCAUCGAAAGACAGAGAGGCACGACAACGCGGACGGCUUGACACGUCUGCAUUGCCCCGCCAAGUGGUCGGCUUGUCUUGAAGAGCAAGGAGGGAACAACAACCCGCCAUCGCAAGCCGAGUACCUGAACCCGCGAAUGAUAAUUCACAUCUCCUUCUUCCAGCCUCACACGGCCUUCGAAGACGAAGUACUAGCAUUCGAGGAGGAAGAAGAAGAGAACGAAGAAGAGGAGGGCCGCCUCAACGAUUCAACUAGUCGUUUCGCUACGGUAGGAGAGCGCGAGGAGUCGUCGGUGAAGGAGGAGGAAGCCAAAAUGGAGGAGAAGCCAACGUUGGCUGGCAUCGAGGUGGCCAAUGUCAACCCUUUGGGCCUGACUGCCUUUGCGCUCACUGCGUUCACCAUGUCCAUGUUCACCACGGGUCUGCUGCCGGAGUCUGUCAGCAACGUGGGCUUGGCGAUGGGCUACUUCUUCGGCGGGGCGGGCAUGCUUCUUGCGGGGGUGUGGGCGUUCUUUGCACGCAGCACCUUCGGCGCCACGGCCUACUGCUCCUACGGCUUCUACUUCCUGUCGUACACCUACUACAUGGUGGAGAURCAGAAAGACGCGGAGAACCCCGACAAGACCCACCUGGCGCUGGGCGUGUUCCUGCUGGGGUGGACCAUCUUCACGAUCUGCAUGACCAUCAUCUCCUACAGGACGUUCCGCGCUCUGUUCAUCAUGUUCGUCUUCCUGACGUUCGAUUACUUCUUCAACAUGGUGGGCGCAUGGGCGGACUCGAAGAGCGCCACCAAGGCGGGAGGCUGGUUCGGCCUAAUGGCAGCGGCGACGGCCUUGUACUGCGCCAUGUCCAUAGUCGUCACGGACACGUGGAAGGAGGAGGUGCUGCCGCUCGGGCAUUACGAAGGAUAAGCCCAACGUGCGUAAGCCUCCUAUGGGAUCAGGGCUAUCCGUCGGGCUAAAAAUAGAAUCCCAAGACGAGACUAGAGCGUCGCUAACUUGCGUA